AUGAGGUGGCAUGAUGAAGAACGUUCUAAGGACGAUAAGGUGUUAAGUCAUCCAGCUGAUUCUGAAGCAUGGAAAAGCUUUGACACUAGAUAUCCAGUGUUUGGUGGAGAGAGCCGUAAUGUUAGGCUUGGGCUUGCUAGUGAUGGAUUUAAUCCAUUUGGGAUGUUGAGCUCCACGUAUAGUUGUUCUAGUCACAGAAAUGAUGUUUAUGAAUACACAAUUGAAGGUAAUAAGACGUGGAAAGACUGUUCUAGCAGAUGUUUGCCAGAUGGGCAAAGAAUUGUAGUUGAAGUUAAUAAAGAGAAUCAACCAAUUGGUGAUGAAGGAGGAGUAUUAGGCUACUUUUGUGGAACAGUUGCUAGGAAUGGGUCACUUUGCUCUCUAACUUAUACAAGAUGGGAUUUAUUGAAAAAAGGUUGUAAUAAAAACAACCAAAAAUUGAUAUUACAGGAAGUUGAGAGACGAUUUCUUUACCCAAAAGCACUUGGGAAGUGGAUAUUGAAGUCAAUUGGGCAUAAAUGGAGAGAUUACAAAGGCUACUUAAAAGGAAAAGGCUAUGAUGAUGAUACAGAUGUCAACACUCUUUAUGAUAAUUGUCCGGAUGAUGAUGUUGAUUAUGAUCAAUGGAAAAGAAGCAAGCGCAGUAAAGAAUCACAUGCAAAGGCCAAAGUGAAGCCAAUUCAUACUACUGGUACUAAGAGUCAUGCACGUGUUCGUGAAGAGAUGAAAAAAAAUUUAAACAAGAGCCCAUCACGUACUCAAGUUUAUUUACAAUGUCACCAACAUGAAAGUGAAGCGGAUAUAACGAAUCAAAUAAAAAAAGUUGCAACUGAGCAAGGAGACCAAGAAGACUUGGAUGAUGAUCCUGCUUCAAAAGUUCUGGGAAAAGAUCAAUAUGGUCGUGUCCGUGGUUUAGGAUUAGGUGUUAAGCCAUCGGAUGUGGGCGAAUCCUCUUACCCUAGAUUUUGCAAUGGUUUGAAAAUGUCCUCUGAUAAUGAAGCAGCAAUUAUACACUAUUUUCGACGACUGAAGGAUAAAGUGAAUAGAUUGAGACAUCGUGUCAGAAAGCAAGCAUAUAAUAUGACAAAGGUGAAAAGGACGCUAGAAGAUCAUGACAUUCUUGUGACUCUUGUCUCAGAAACUGAAUCUGAAACUGAUUCUCUUGCUUCCGAAUCUGAUGAGUAUCCAGAGGCAGAAGAUGAUGAUGAUCAGGAUGUUGAAGCUUCUCCCAGAGCUAACAAUGACAUUAAUCGUAGAGAUUAGUUAUUGCGUUACCAAGGUUAUGCUUUGGCAACUUCAAAGUUGGAACACGAAGACAAUUUAAAGCAUCAAUAUUUUGUCUUAUAAAUAAAUCUUCUAUUGGCAUAGUUUUGGUUUACUUAUUAAGUACAUUCUAGCUGCUGAACGGUGUUUUUUUUUUUUUAUUAUUAUUUUUUUUUUAUUUUUUUUUAUAUAUAUAUAUGUAGGAACUUAGAUGGUUAUUUGUUUAAAUGAUUUUAGGUACUUUAUUUCAUGUUUCUUGUUUGAUGACAUUUAUGACCAUAAUUUAUUUUAAUAAAAAUUUUGGUGUUUAGAAUUUUAUCAUGUAAAAAACAGGUAAUUUAGCAACGCUCUAAAUGUUAUUAUAGAUGCUAUUACAGAACCACACCAUUGUACAUCUUGCGACGUUAAAAAGUGUCUGUGUAAGAUAGUGUGGUAGUUUACUU